CGUCGUGCGGCAUCCGCUCAUUAACCCUAUCGUAUAGGCCGCUACCAUAGAAUCAGUCGCGAUGGUCGUAACCAAGGUGGGACAGUGGUCCAAUGUCGAGGACGAGGUGCUCAAGGCGGCCAUUUCCAAAUAUGGCCUCAACCAGUGGGCUCGUUGCGCCUCGCUGCUCGCGAAGAAGACGGCAAAGCAGUGUAAAGCGCGAUGGAACGAAUGGCUGGAUCCUUCGAUCAAGAAGACGGAGUGGUCGAGGGAGGACGACGAGAAGCUUCUCACCAUGGCCAAACUUUUACCUACGCAAUGGCGCACCAUUGCGCCCAUCGUUGGACGAACCGCGACACAAUGUCUGGAACGGUAUCAGAAGCUCCUGGACGAACAAGAGGCACGUGAAGCUGGCGACCUUGGACUGGCUGGUCCAGAGGGUGGAGAGUCGGCCGCCCCUUCCGCGGAAGAUGUCCGACGACUACGUCCCGGAGAGGUGGAUGCGUAUGCUGAGGCUCGUGCUGCCAGACCGGAUGCGAUCGACAUGGACGAAGAGGACAAGGAAAUGCUGUCAGAGGCGCGCGCACGUCUAGCAAACGUCAGCGGAAAGAAGGCAAAGAGGAAGGCUCGUGAGAGGCAAUUGGAGGAGUCGAGGAGAUUGGCUCUGCUGCAGAAGCGACGAGAACUCAAGGCUGCUGGUAUCAACAUCAAGAUCACUCCGAAGAAGGGCAAUCACAUCGACUACAACGCCGACGUACCACUCGAGAAGGAAGUGCCGUCGGGCUUCUUCGACACCACCGAGGAGCUCGACCACAAUGAGAAGCAACGAGAGUCUUUCGAUCCGCGCAAACAGCAACUGGCGAAUAAGCGCAAGAUGGAUCAGCAAGAGGAGGGAGGAGAUAGCAAGCGCAAGAAGAAGGACGAAAAGGCUGGAGGACUUGCGGCUUCAUAUGCGAAGGCUGCUCAGAUGCAGAAGAUCCGAGAGGCCGAACAGAGCAGCAAGCGCCGUGCCCUCGUACUUCCAACCCCGCAGGUCGGAGAAGCGGAGCUGGAAGAUAUUGUCAAGAUGGGCAUGACAGGAGAACGCGCAGUCACGGGCCUUGUGAGCGACAACAUUGCCACGCAAGGCUUGGUAGGGAACUACACGAAUAUCGUCGGCAACACACCGAUUCGCACACCUAUGGCGCCCAAAGAGGAGGACCUUAUCGCAAACGAGGUGCGGAAUGCUCGACUGCGAACAGAAACCCAGUCUGCUCUGCUUGGUGGAGACAACCCAGACUUGGUCGGCGACGAAGUACCCACAUCGUUAUCUGCACCAUCUUCGCGGCAUCAGAUCGUGACGCCGAACCCAUUGGCGACCCCUUUCCAGCAAGGCAACGGCGGCGCUGGUGCUACACCCAUGCGUCAAGGUCCUGGUGCCACCCCGAUGCGAACACCUCGAGACACUUUGCGCCUGAACGGAGAAGAUGGUGCAAUGCAGAUUGUUGGACAGACGCCGCGAGACAUUAGGUUACGGGAGAAUGCAAAGAAGCAAGAUCUCAAAGGCAGGUUGGCUUCGCUACCAAAGCCCAAAGAAACCAGCUGGGAGUUCGAGUUGCCAGAGGAGCAGGCAGACCAGAUGGAGGUGGAGAUUAGCGAGGAAGAUGCGGCAGAAAUUGAUCGAAGGAACCGAGAACGACAACUGGCCGCAGAGCGCGCCGCGUUUGGAAGACAAACCCAAGUUGUUCAAAGAUUUCUGCCAAGGCCAUCGAUGGUGGACAUCGACGUGUUGAUGAAGCGAGCACUGGAUAUCACGGACCCUGUGGAACGAGAGAUCGAAACCGAGAUGGCAAUGUUGGUGGCCAACGAUGUACAGAAGUUCGGCAACGGGAAGGUCACUGGAACGCUUAAGCCCGUCGAGAACAUGAGUGAUGAAGCUCUCCGAGCCGCUAAGAUGGAAAUGGCUCUCGAGCUCGCCAUGACUACAGAGAAAGACAAGAAAGCCUUCCACUCGGAUUUCAGCAGUGCAUGGUCAAACCUCCACGGCUCUGCCAUCCUCCCUGGUAUUGCAGGCUAUGAGGAGGAUGAAAUCGACGAGCAUCAGCUCAUGGUCGAAGCAUUCGACAACGCCCAGGAGAAGAUUAUCGAGUCGGCAGAGGCAGCCAACAAGAUCGAAAAGAGACUCAACACACAUCAUGCAGGAUACAUCAAGCGUGCUGCCCUUCUACGAACGAAGAUUGGCGAUGCAUUUGGUGCGCUUGAGAGGGCAAAGGUCGGACUGGACUCUGCGCGCACGAUGCAGUACUCUGAAGAGACAGCCAUUGCUCGCAGGCUGGAGAAACUGAGAGACGAGGUCAACUUCGUCAGCAAGAGGGAGAGGGAAACACAGGAGCUGUACAGGUCACGAAAGGACGAGUUGGACAGCUUGAAGGAGCCCGUCAACGGCGUACACUGA